CUGGCAUUUUCAUUAAAAAAAAGAAACAAAGAGGAAGUAUUGUAGUCGAAGAUGGUACCUGGAGCGGCAUAGGUACACUCAUUUGAGAUUAUUGGAUUCGAUUCGACUUUGCAAGGAAUUAAGCGACUACGAAAAUUACUUUCGGAUCUCCACUGAAAGUUUCGACCAUAUUCUUGAAUUAAUCAGCCCAUAUAUAACUAAGCAAGAUACAGUUAUGAGAGCUGCAAUUUCGCCAAAAGAAAAACUGGCGGUGACUUUGCAUUAUUUAGCAACAGGAAGCUACUUUAAGCAGGUGCGGUAUACAGCGAUUAUGUCGCGGCAAGCAAUAAGCGAAGCGAUCAUGGACACAUGUGAAGCUUUGAUAUACGCUCUUCGAAACUGCAUUAAAAUGCCUAGUACAGCAGAAGAGUGGAGAAGUGUUUCUGAUGAAUUUCGUGUAUUACAUAAUUUUUAUAACUGCAUCGGCGCAGUUGACGGGAAACACGUAAAAAUAAAGCGUCCAAAUGGUUCGGGAGCGCUAUAUUAUAACUAUAAAGGAACAUACAGUAUCGUUCUUACGGCUAUUGCGAAUGCUAAAAAUGAAUUUGUCAUGGUUGAUAUUGGAUGCAAUGGACGCGUGUCUGAUGGUGGUGUCUUGUUUUACACUAAAUUCUGGGAGCGUUUGUAACAAAAUCGUUUAAAUAUACCGGAAUGGACACCAUCGCCAAACACCUCGGAAUCAUUCCCAUAUGUUUUUAUAGGAGACGAAGCUUUCGCGCUAGGCCCUAACUUUAUGAAGCCUUAUCCUCAAAAAAGAGUAUCACAAGAAGAGCAAUUGUUUAAUAAACGGUUAUCGAAGGCUAGAUGUGUCAUUGAGUGUGCGUUUGGUAUCCUCGCCAAUAAAUUUGGAGUUUUCCAGAAAGCCAUAAGUCUCAGCCCGCAGAAAGCCGCAAAAGUGACAGCAGCUUGUUGUUAUCUGCACAAUUAUUUAAUGGGAAAAGAUUCUAAUUAUCAGGCACCAAAUUCCAAUGAGUAUAAUUUUCAAUUAACCACCGUACAAAGCAGUUCGGCGCGAAAUUCAACAA